AUGGCCCCAGCUUCCGGGAGCGCCUUGAGCGCAGACUCAAUCCUCGACUACAUGGACAAGAGCCUGCCGACCCCGCCUUCCGACUCAGAACAAUCCUCACUCAUCAAAGAUCCAUUUGCCGCCAUUGCCCUCUUCUCCCAUGCCUGCAUGCUUGCCGUGGGGUUUCGUCUCGUUGGUUUGGGGGAGGACCACAAGAUAGACGCACAAUCAGACCCCCAGGAUGCUCAACCCUUGCCUUCCGAGUGGGACAAAUCCUCUUCCUACGCUUUCCGCUAUGCUCAUUCACAAUCCGCUAUGGAGUACCUCAUCAAGGUGAAUCGAUUAGGAGGCAAGGCUAUCAUAUUUGGGGUUGGUAUGGGUGACGACAAGACUGCCUCGUUCGAGGUCAAGGCCAAUGACUACAUCUCCGAGGGGUCAAUAAAAGACGCAACCCGGGAAUCGAGCAAACUGUCCGCGCUUCGGAAUAUCUUUAUAUCCAAUGGACGAAUUGCAGAUCUCGCGUCACUUUUCAAACUCAACAUCAUCCAGAAACUGGCUCCAGGAAUUCAGAAGGCGGGGUACGAGGAUACAGCUUCCACCGUAGAGCAGCCGCGGCGGCAUGAGGAGACUCGCCCUCCUGAGCGCGACCCGCUACGAGACGAUCAUCCUCCACCAGCACGACCCUAUCCUUUCGACGAUCCACUGGCCAUACCUCCCCGAAGACCCCAUGCGCCUGGGGACUUUCCACCACCCGGUUUUGAAGACGAGUACGAAAUUAAUCGACCUCCACGCGGUAUGCUACCAGGCCAUCAGCCAUUUGGAGGAAUCGGCGACAGAGACCUAUAUCCUCCUGGCCUAGGUCCACAUGACCCUCUCAGGAUAGGACCUGGAGGCGGUUUUCGCGGUGGGGGAGGUAUGCAUCCAACUUUUGACGACCCUUUGUUUGGUGGCCAAGGGGGUCAAAGACCUUUUGACCCUCAGGUACCUCCUGGGGCUCGAUAUGACCCGAUUGGCCCAGGCGACGGUCCGCCAAAUCUUCGCGGAGGGCCACGGUUUCCCGGAGGCGGUGGUAGAGGAUGGGGCGGUAACAAUCCGUUCGGAGGAUUUGGAAGCGGUGACUUUAUAUAG